GCCACUACCAACAGGAAAGAGGAGGAGAGAGUGAAGUAGCUGAGACCUCACUCUGUAGCCUGCUGUGAAUGGAGAGCUACACUGUAUUCAGACCUCUACUAGAUCCAGUUACUGGUGGGAAUAAUUGUAUUUGUUAUGACCAAUUCAAAGGAAUGCUUAAUAGUUGUGUACAGUCACAAGCCUUGCCAGGUACCUCCAAUGAACCUUGCAGUGAUACCAGCACUUUACCUCAGACUAGUGCUCCUGUCUGUGAUGAACUUGCGGAGGUAAAAGAAGCAAUUGUUAGUAAUAUGGCUAAUAACCAAAAGGAAGCAGUUUUUCAGAAUUCAAAUGCAGGAGAAACCAGCUGCAAGUUACUAACUGCACAAAAUGUAAUGGAGGACCCCAGCUGUUCACACAGAAAAGAUUCCAGUCCAGUGGUGAUCUGCCAGUUGAAAGGAGGUACUCAAAUAAUCUGCAUAAACAAUUCUGGCACAAGAGAACUGAAAACAGUUCAUCUGGUUCCCCAGUAUCAAAACCAACAUAAUUAUCUUCAGUCAGAUGUGCCUAACCCUAUGACAUCUCUGCUGGGACAAUUUUUGCCAAUUCCAGGUAAAGUGGAUCUCAAUGAACAACAGCUUGAGAACGGAUCCUUACAAUCAGUAGCUAGCAGUGCCACAUUCCAAUCAGAAGUAAAUCUUCAAGGGCCAACAAAAAUGACUUUAGUUGG